CCAGACGAGAAGGAUGCCGUCGUGCGCUCCUCUGCGCCUCCUCUCCCGCCGUGCCUAGCUCUCGUGUGUGUCUCCCCCUGUGUUAACACCCCUCAGGGUUUGCUAACUAACCCUGGUGCAAAUUGUAUUGUUUGUCUACGUGUUUCUGACAGUGUUAUCCCAAAGCAAGUGAUUUUUUUUUAAUUAAGAAAAAAAGGAUCAUAUUUUUUGAACCAAAAAGAGGAAAAGGGUAUGACCAAAUUAUAGCGAGAGAUUGUUAACAAAAAGGAAGAAUAUUUGUGCAUGUGUGUGUGUUGUUUUUCGUCUUGUUCCUUCUGACAUUCGCCAACAGUGACCAAGAACACGAUGUUGUGAUUCGUACCUGUACAAACCUGGAAUUGUCGAAGGUGUUUCUUCGAUUUUGCUGUUGCGUGUGCAUCGCUCUGCAACGACCGGCGAGAUGUGGCGAAGAAGACAGGCGCUCCUUAUAACGACGUCGGUUUUGUGCAUCUUCUUUCAACAAGGAUGGUGUCUCCUGCAGUCCUUCCGCGUACCUCCCCAGGAUAUCGAGGCCGUGGCAGGAGACGAUGCGCUUCUGAGAUGCGAAGUUGACAACCAGCAAGGCAAAGCUCAGUGGACAAAGAACGGCUUCGCUCUAGGAUUCAACCGGUCGAUCCCCGGCUUCUCCCGGUUCUCCAUGAUCGGGUCCGAAGCAGAGGGCGUCCACAACCUCAAAAUAAAGAACGUGACACUGGAGGACGACGGUGCCUACCAGUGCCAAGUGACACCGAAGGGAGACGCGCUGCCCAUCCGACACGCUGCGACACUAACCGUCUUGAUUCCUCCCUCAAGCAUCGAAAUCGUGGGACGCCGAAAGAACGAGCGGAUAACGGAAAGGGCAGGGAAUUCAAUCACCCUUGAAUGUCUCGUCAAGGAUUCCAAACCUGUGUCUCAAAUACAGUGGUUUAGAGACGGCGCUGAUAUCAGUCUUGAAUCAACCACAACCGCAGAGUCAGAAUCGGAGACGAACAGCCACCUCAUGACCCUCCGCUCUACCAUCACGAUCACGCUCUCGCACACGGACAAUGGCAAGAGAUACGGAUGUCGAGCUAUCCAUCCCGCCCUCGAACGUACGGGCACGACCAUGGGAACUGAAGUCACCCUCGACGUCCAGUACGAGCCAGGUUUUCCCGAGAUCACCGGCUACACAGAGGGCGAAAUAGUGCGAGCUGGUGACAAGAAAACUCUAACGUGUAGAGCGCGAGGUGGAAACCCUUUGCCGGAAGUUUUCUGGUACAAGAAUGGCCAGCAGGUCGACAAGAAUUACAUCAAGCACCAGAGUUAUGUCGUGAAUGAAUACGAGUUCGAGGUGGAUGCGUCCGACAACAUGGCAAAGUACGAAUGCCAUGUUAUGAAUGUGAUGACGUCACAGCCCAAGAAAGCGGAAAUACACCUUAGAGUUAAUUUCGCCGCGUCCAAAGUGACCAUCACGGGGCCCAGCCAAGCCAAGGUCGGCGACGUCAUCACGAUCACGUGCGUCGCCGAGAACUCGAACCCGCCCUCAGACGUCAACCUCGUCAUCAACGGCCAGACGCCCCCCGGAGCGACGUCCAGGACGCAGAAGGUGCCCAACGGAGGCUGGAACACGAUCACCAACCUGACGCGGUACGAGGUGCGACCCAUCGACGCGGAUCUGAUGGUGAAUUGCUACGCGCUCAACCAGGCUCUGGGGUCGACCAAGAUUGACACGGAAGUCAUUAGCGUCCUGCGCCCACCCGAGACCCCCGUCAUCCUGGGCUACGAGCGGGGCCAAGAACUCCGGAAGGGAGACCGCCAGCGCCUCACCUGCGUCAGCAAUGGCGGCAACCCCCUGGCGACGCUCACCUGGUACAAGGGCUCCCAGAAGCUGUCCUCGGAGACGCACCACGACGCCGUCACUGCGCUGGCCGACGUCGACAUCCUCCUCGACGAGUCAGAUAACGGGGCCGAGUAUCGCUGCGAAGCCACCAACGAGGCCACGGCGCACCCGCUGGCCAACUCGACCGUGCUGAGUGUCAUGUUUCCUCCCUCUGCGGUCAAGGUCAGAGCUCACCCUCGAGUGAUCAACGCAGGGAGUCCCAUGACGCUGUUCUGUGAGUCAGCCUCGAGCAACCCUUACGCCAACAUCACGUGGUGGAGAGACGGGUUCGAGGUGGACGGAGACUACAGCGUGGAAACGAAGCCGGGGCAGUUCGGCGGCACUGUGACCAACUACAGCGUGAGGGUCGAAGUAACAGCCGACGACGACGGGGCUGUCUACACGUGCCAGGCAGACAACGGCUUCGGUUCCACAACUCACGAUGCAGUUACCAUCUCCGUUCAUUACUCCCCCGUGUGGGUCAAGGAACCUCCCAAGGCCCUAGACGUCAAGGAAGGCGAAAACGUCAUGCUCAACGCCAGCGCCCGCGGAAAUCCGAACAGCCUGACGUACCUGUGGCGACGUGGCGAGGAGGUGGUUAUGGCGGACAACAUCCUCAACAUCUCGAGCAUCACGAGAGACCAGGCGGGCGUUUAUUCGCUCGACGUUUCCAACUCCGAAGGCAACAUCUUCAGGAACGUGUCGAUUAACGUCAAGUUACUGGACUUUUUCCCGAGAAUGAUGCUUCCUGCACAGGACUUGCUUGGAGUCUUAUGUUUUCAGGCCUAUAGGGAUGUGUGGUUGCCCAAUUAUGAAACGGGGGUUUUUAAAGUGGGCUUCACGCCCCUUAGUCUGGAAAGCAUAGGGGGAGGGUAUACCCUUGGCCAAAAACAGGUAACCCCCGUGGGCCCCUUCCCCAUACUGAAGUGGGUCGUCGCUUGCUUCAUCAAACGGCGGCGCCUUCAAGCAUCAUCAGACAAGGGUUCCAGCAAAAGCACUACCAUUGAGAUGUACGCACCGUCGUCUUACACGGGCACUGUGACGGGCGAAACCUUGUCGUCGAUAUCCGAGAAGUCGAGAGAGAGUUAUGAACAUGAGGACUCGACCGACGAGUACGAGGCCGAGGCGUCGAGGGCGAACGCCACGAGCACCUACUUGAUAGAGCAACUCGAACCCCCCUCCCAGUACGCCACGAGACCCCCUCCCCACAUCCUCCCGCCUCCCCCAUCGCACAACGACCUCAAUAUUGAAGACGGUUAUGAUGAGAUGAUCAGGAACCAGUAUAAUAUAGACCACACCGGCGGCUACGGCACGUUGGGCAGACGGAACCCGGCACCCGACCACUACAACAUCAACCCCGCAGACAGCCACUACCCGCCGCCCACCCACCGCUACAACACCUACCAGCCGCCCACCCAGCACAUCCUCACCGCCCACAGCCAUGCCCAGAACAACGGGUCCCUUCGGCGGAACCCCCCGUCUAAGCUCCACUUCCCGAAGGACUACAUCCGCAACGGGUCCAUGAACAUCCCCGCGGGCACAGGCGGCGCAGGCACGGUCGGGAGCCAGUACAGCAACAAGCCGCAGUCGCCGACGCGCACCCACGCUCCCAUGCUGUCCACCUUCGCCCCCGACCCGCAGCAGAUAACGUCCGGCAUCCCGCUGGAGCACCGGGGCCACCUGGUGUGAGGGGGCUGCCUGUAGGCCUUCGGGCAGACGUCGAGCUUUUCUCUUUCGGAAAGGGACUUAGGUUUGCUUUUUUGAGAAGAUCGUGAGGCUCACUUUGGGUGUUGUUACUGAUCGUGGAUGAAGACCCAAGCGCGAGAGGCGACGUGGUCUGAAAACAGCGUGAUUCACUCGAGUCUUACAGUUAACGGUGAACAGUUCACCUGGCUUAUUCAUAGACAAGCCACUCCCUUAGUGUCCUUUCGGGAGGCGGUUUUAAGCCCGAUCUCAGAUACCUUGAACUCAACGCCUGAGCUGAGGAUCUUCGCCAAACCUUCGAUGACACGAAGUACUUAAGAAGCGGUGUUGCAGAGGUGCCGUAAUCAAACUGAACAUGCCAAAAAUACUUAAAGCUAACGUCACGGGGAAAAGCAGUUUGGCAAAUGGUGCUGUGUGUGGGUAUGUGCAGAAGGUCGUUGGAGAGGCUGCAAGAAUAAGUUAGAAGACUUAUUUGGAAUGGCCUUGAGACUGCUUGACGAAUGAGGAUGGAAAAUGUGUGUCGUAAAUUCGGUUGUGCUGGAAUAUAGGAAGUGUCGUGCGCGCAUAUUGGCAAAGGUGUCAUUCACUACACAUUGUGUGAACGCUACCAUGUGUAUAAUUCCUUGUCAGUUUCAGAACAAUGACUGAAGUGACAGUGAUAACAUAUCAUUUGCACAAGGCGAUAAGAGUGUUGACAGAGUGAUGUGAACAAGAGAAUCACACAAUGAUGCUCAAUAAUGUGAUGUAACAUUUGUAAGUUUAUAUAUUUUAGGCCUUUAUGAAAGUAUUUUGCAGGAUUUAGUGAAUUCCCUCUCUCGCGACAGGGAUGAAAAUUCACACACAAUAAUCUGAUGUGAUAAAUGCCCGUAUAGAGGAUAAGCAAGACUUUGACCUUUUGCCUGCUUUAAACUCCCAUGCGAUGUGACAGUCAUGUGAUAAUGGAACGGGAAGGUCAGAGCACAAGAAGAAGGAUGAUCCAGGCAAACGGAAGUGCCUUUUAGUGAGUUAGUAUGUCAGUGGUAGGACACACUUUAGGAGGAAAUUUUUUUUUUCUCUGACUCUAAGGUGAAAAUGCCAUUUUUUCCUUGUUUACCCCUCCUACUUCUGGAGACGGUAAAGGACUCGAGAAAAGUGUGUGUACUAUAUCUAUCAUUCAUUGCCAAAGCAACGUACUAUGAAUGUACUUUUCUAUUCUGGGGUACUUUUUAUUUACUUUUAGAAGUAAAUGUUUAGUUUACUUUAAAAGAAGAAAGAAAGAAAUGAACCUUUGAAAGGCCAUUAUCAAAACUGGUUUCCCUGGAAUCCCUAAGGGCAUUUCUUAUAUCUCAUAUGAAGACGUAUGGAUAUUCAAUGAAGGCAGUAACUCUACGGACAUACCCUCCAGCAUUCAAUGACUUUUUUUUUUUCUUUUCAAUACUCAAACAUUUUUUUUUUUUUUUUAUGGUUCCCCCUUAAUUCAUCGUUUCGAUAUUAGAAAAAAAAAUAUGACCAAUACCAGGAAAACAUUAAGUAAUCCCUCCCACCCCCCCCCAAAAAAAAAAAAAAAAAACAAUGGACAAAUAUAUGUACUUACGAUUAUACAUACUUAGUCAUCCCAGACAAGCAAGCUAUCGUGCCAAAGGAAUAUUGUCAAUCUGUCAAUCAAUCAAUCAAUGUGUGAAGUGGACUGAAGGGGACGGUUGCUUCAUAGCGCCAGGUGAUUUAAUAAUUUUCUAUUAUCUCUUUCAUUUAUUAUUAUUAAUAUCAGUAUCAUUUUUAUUUAUUUAUUUAAUUAUUUAUUUUUAUUUCACAAAGUAUGAUCUUCCUGUGUUAAACAAAUUCUUAUAUUCGAAGAUAUUUGUUUGAUGAUGAUAGUUAUUAUUAUUAUUAUUAUUAUUGAUAUAAUUAUGAUUACUAUUAUUAUUAUCAUCAUCAUCAUCAUUGGUGUAGUUAGCAAUAAUGACGAUGAUAUCAUUACUAUGGUUCUUAUCAUCAAACAUUUAUGAUUAUCUUGCAGUGACUCCUCUUCAACAAAGACUGUUAUUCAAACAUUUUUCUCACAAUGAGAACAUACACCGAAUAUGAUGAAUAAUGAAUGGAAGAUCAAGUCCAUCCUAGCGCAUGAGACAAUCCUAUGUUAUAGAUUUUCAUUUCCAUCUUCAUGUGUGAAGAUGGUGAAGAUGCCUCGUCCCAUUUUCAUUCUUAUAAGAAACCUCAGCAUUUUGCCUUCAUGUAAUAAUGUCUUUAUGUACAUGUAUAAAAGUCUUUUUAAACUCUCCCCGAGAUAGGAGAAGGUGCUAUGUUACGUAAUGUUUAAGUUUCCCAGUGUUGUUAUGCAUGUACAUUUUCUUGUGUGUAUGUGUGUAUUUUUAUCUUUUUUUCAUGUUUCUUUUUAUAUCGAUUUGAAAGGUAUUUCAUGCGUAAAACACGCAGCAGAGAUCAACUAUUGGUAAAUCUAGACAUUUCUUUGAGUUGCCAAUCACAACUUUUGUUAACAUCAGUUGACAGUGUUAUUUGCAUGUUCGUGCGAGGUGUCUUGAAGCACGCGACCACACUGGAAAGAUUGACAUUUUUUUGUAUAUAUUUCUGAAUGAUAAGAUUCGCUUUCUCUCUCUCUCUCUCUCUCUCUCUCUCUCUCUCUCUCUCUCUCUCUCUCUCUCUCUCUCUCUCUCUCUCUCUUUCUCUCUCUCUCUCGAUUUCUAUCUAUCUAUCUGGCCAUCUCUCACCCCUCUCUCCUUUCUGUCUUUCACUCUCAUUUUAUUAUUUUACAGUGCAUACAGAAGAAGCCAUUCUUUUGAAAAUUGAAAGUCCAAUCACCUUUUUUUCCUCUAAACAUUUCUAGUUUAGUGUUAUCUAGUCACCUUGCCUUUUGACACACGGAAAGAAAAAAAAAAUACUUUACCAAAGACACUCAAAAACUUCCUUCCAGCCUAUAGUAGGAAUCUGAGUGCUAAAUGACGGCUCAAUGUUCCGUGAUUGGACAACAGAUGUAAGAAGAGAAAUAAAAUAAAUAAAUCGUCUUUUGUUCUAUUUAGAUAAAAAAGUGAGACAAAUAAUGUUGCCGAGGAAGAUGUAACUCCGUAAUAAGAAAAAUGUCAGGUCGUAAUUCAGUCUUGUUAAGGAUUACUGGUGUGAGUGUACAGUCAGCUAAAAGGGUAAAAGAAAAAUAAAGAAAAAAGAUAAUAUUUAUUCGUUGAAAGACAGUUUUCCCUCACCAACUGCGACAGGAGGAAGGAGGGAAAUGUUGUCAGUCCCGAAGUUGUCAGUAAUGGAUCAGCCACUUUUUUUUUUAUUAAUUCCCUAAUGGAGGUGAGGGUUCAUGUGUUGAUGUUAGUGUUAUUUUUCUCACUUGCAGAUGUAAAAUAUGUUUCCGGUCUGUUGAUUUGCGAGAGAAAAAAAGAAAAGAAAAAAUGUUGAGUGGAUUAUGGUACUUACCUUCAUGUUUAAAUUCUAACUCGCGUCGAUUAGAAAGUAAAUUUUGAUUUGGACUCAAAAACAUAAACGAAUUGUUAUUCUUCACAGUAUAAUGAUUAUUUGGAUGAUUCGCUGUUUAUAUAUUACUGCUUUAAAACGCAAGAAAUUAUCUAUGACAAAUCAUGCAAAGUUUGAUUUCAUUAAUAUAUCAUCAGUCACUGAACUUUAUCAACAGUCAAGUUAAUUAUCCUUAAUCUCGUUGUUCUCGCAGGAACAAGAUGCUGCUCAAUAGAAUCCAUUUUCCUGACUGCACCUUGCUGCAUCACUGCUCUGAAUUUACGAUUGAAAGUUGCGUAACGGUAUUGAUUUCUGGAACACACACACACACACACACACACACACACACACACACACACACACACACACACACACACACACACACACACACACACACACACACACACACACACA